AUGAAUGAAUGGAUAGAUGGAAAAUACAAUAUUGAUAUAUGUCGUGGUGGUGAUGAUGAUGAUGGUCUGUUGGCAACAGUCUCUUGCCAUGCCAUGAUCAAGAUGACCACGACAAGAUCAUAUGUCCAUAAUCGAUUGAUUGGAAACUUGAAUUGA